CUCGUAUGACUGCAAGAUCACCUUGGUGGGAGCCAUGAGCGCGUUUUGUGGGAGGUAGCGCGGCAAUCGAGUGGUCAAACAAAUCUCGCAGCUCAGAAAGGUGCGCAUCAGAAUAGUCAAACCACAUCAAGUGUUCCGUGAUCGCGAGAGCGGGAAACGCUAUCUGCUAUCUGGAUUAUUUGAUUUUUUGUAUAAAUUCCGUGCUAGAAUCCGACGUGCGAUCAUGGAGAGGAUUUUUGGAAUUCUAUUCGUCCUUAUAGCAGCAACGGAAAAAGCUUCUGCCCUGCAGUGUUGGAAAUGCUCCAGCGAUAUCGACCCUAUGUGCAACGACCGCUUCAACCAGUCCGACAUCCUAGCGCGAAGAGGCGGUGGUCUGUACAGCCCCUUAACGCAACGUCAGCCCUACGACCAACAAGGCUACAAUCAAAACUAUAAUCCAAAUUACAACCCCAACUACAACCCCAACUUCGGUAAUAACUACAACCCUGCCGCGCAAACCAAUCAGUGGCCGACUUUGGAAAACUGCGAUGAUAAUGAAGCCAGGUUGAGGAGGAUGAAGAAUGUUUGCAUGAAAAAAGUCAUCAGAGGUCCUGGAUAUUCCAGCAUUAUCCGUAGAUGUGCUCUCAUCCCUCCAGAACAAUCUGUAGGUACCUGCCACGAACCAGUCAGCAGAGGCCUAUCACUGGAGUUUUGCGAAUACUGCGAUUAUGAAGGCUGCAACUCAGCGACAGGACUGAAGACAAGCUACGUUCUUCUUGGUUCAAUAUGUUUAGCAAUGCUUGGAUUUGUUCUGAGCAACUAAGUACUUGGUUUUAGUUUAAAAAGACUGGACUGUGCUAUUAGACGUAUACACAUGCUGCACCAAAGACGAAAUUGAGUCGAAACAUUUUCGUUCCUGCAAAAUGCCGAGAAAAUUUUCCAUGUUAACUUUCGUAACAUUGAGCAGGAAUUUCGGUAUCUUUUAAAGGUUCCUGAAUUCACCGCUCCAGUGCACAGCUGCUAUUUUUGCAAUUUUUCCAUAAGCUGGCCAUUUAUAUCUUGCAUAUGCGUAUACAACUUUGAUGAGCAUGAUUUCUCGAAAAUCGAAAUAAUUUGAACACGUGUGGCAUUUUCGAGCAGCAGAAAAUACUGCAAUACCUCAUAUCAAAUUAAACACUGUGUGCAUUAUAAAUUACAAAAAUUUUGGCGCUGUUGAAUUAUAUUUAGACGUUAUACAUUAAUCAUUGGAAGUAAUCAAUUAGCAUACACUGGUUGACGAUUUAUAACAUAUAAUGACUCAUCAGACUUGAGAGAGAUGAUUUCAUAUUAAACAAAUAUAAUGACAUAAACAAACUGUACCCUCAAGGUGUAAGUAUGUGACAAAUUGGUAUGAAUAGAAAAAUAUACGUAAAACAAGUGACAACCAUAUGAGUCAGAGGAUUUUGACUCAGACCCUUAAUUAUAGAUUAUAGUAUAGUUUUAUCAUGUAUAAUUAAUGUAAAAAAUGUACAAAUACUUUACCUCAACAGUAAAUUGAUGUAGGUUUCAAGUGACCAAAUAGUAAUUUUAAAUUGACAAUCCUGGAUUCAGUAUGAAAACGAUUGUGAAGUUUGUGGCAAAAUGUACAUAUACUUUACUUCAACAGUAAGGAUGUUUGUGUAUAAGUUUCAUGGAAAAAAUCCAAUAUUUUGAAUGUUAACCUUGGACUUUCAAAUGUUUUUUUUUUACCUUUCAUAUACGUAGCUAACACUCAACAUUAUAUUAUAACAAAAAGUAAUUUCAACCAUUUAUACUAUUGACAGCUACGUAUAUAACAAUUUUAUAAGUAAAUAGUUUUAUAUUUGAUAAGUUAUUAUGUUAAUCUGGAAAUAUGUUAAUAAAAAAAAUAUCGGUAACUAUUGUGUAUAUACUUUAUAUUUGUACAAAUGUAUAUAAAUCAGAUUUAUAAAAAAAUAUAAAAUUCUA